AUGGCGGAGCCGGGGCCCAAGAGCGGCGCUGGGGGGGGGGAGGAGGGGGAGGAGGAGGAGGCUGCCCCGGCCCCGAAGAAGCGCCGCGUGGCCGCCGGGGAGCGCUACGUGCCGCCGCCGCGGAAGCUGAAGGCGGGGGUGAGCUUCAGCGCGGCGCAUUUCGCCGAGACCUCGUACUACUUCGAGGGGGGGCUGCGCAAGGUGCGGCCCUACUACUUCGACUUCCGCACCUACUGCAAGGGGCGCUGGGUCGGCCGCAGCCUCCUGCACGUCUUCAGCACCGAGUUCCGCGCCCAGCCCCUCGCCUUCUACCGCGCCGCCGCCCGCGCCGGCCGCCUGCGCCUCAACGAGGAGCCCGUGCGGGACCUGGACGUCGUGCUUAAGAAUAAUGAUUUUCUCCGAAACACGGUGCAUCGCCACGAGCCGCCGGUCACUGCCCAGCCUAUCCAAAUUCUGGCGGAGGACAAUGAGGUGGUGGUCGUAGACAAACCGUCCUCCUUGCCAGUGCAUCCCUGCGGGAGGUUUCGGCACAACACCGUCAUCUUCAUCCUUGGCAAAGAGCACAACCUUAAGGAAUUGCAUACAAUUCAUCGACUCGAUCGCAUGACCUCAGGAGUGCUUAUGUUUGCCAAGACGGUGGAGGUGUCCAAGAGGAUCGACGAGCAGGUUCGGGAGAGACAGCUGGAAAAAGAGUAUGUGUGUCGUGUGGUGGGGGAGUUCCCAGAACACGAAGUGGUCUGCGAAGAGCCCAUACUGGUUGUUUCAUACAAGGUGGGGGUGUGCCGUGUGGACCCCAAAGGGAAAUCCUGCAAAACCAUCUUCCAGAGGCUCAGUUACAAUGGCAAGACCAGCGUCGUCAAGUGUCUUCCACGUACUGGCCGCACACACCAGAUCCGGGUCCACUUGCAGUACCUGGGAUAUCCCAUUAUCAAUGACCCCAUCUAUAACAUGGAAGCCUGGGGCCCUGAAAAGGGCAAAGGUGGCAAGAUUGGUAAAACAGAUGAAGAACUCCUUAAGGCACUCGUGGAGGAGCAUCGUUCCAAACAGAGCCUGGAUGUCUUGGGGAUUUCAGAAGAGGACUUGAACACCAAUGCAGAAAACCAAGACUCUGGUAAUUCAAGCGAGUGCACAGAAUCUGUGCAGGCUGAUCCUGUAAAUGAGAACUCCUGCCCUGCUGAGGGCACUAAGGAUCCUGAGAGAAAUGAAACACCAGCUUGUACACUGGACCCUGAUACCAAUCUGGAAACACUUGAAAAAACUACAGAACUAGGUUCAUGUGAGAACAAGGGUGGGCAAACAGGAGGAAAUUGUUCAGAAGAGAAGGACCCUUUAUGCAUGGAGUGUAAAAUUACAAGGCGGGACCCAUCUCCAAAGGAGCUGGUGAUGUACCUACAUGCCUUGCGCUAUAAGGGAGCAGAGUUUGACUAUUGCUCCAAGAUGCCUGAAUGGGCCAUGGAGGACUGGGAGGAAUGACAGAGGGCAUGACAUCUAAGGGCAUUGUUCUAGUGUGGCCAGAGAAGUGUCUUGUAAAGACCUAAGGUUUCAGUGUGCUUGAGGUGAAGAAACUGCUGGUGACUUGAAAUGGGGUGGGAAGGCCCCCAUAUUGUUGGGGCCGGCAAAUUGCUGUGGCUGCUGACAGGCACUGUAAAAGGUGGGCAAGAACAUGGGGUUUCAGUGCUAGAAUUACAUUGUCAUUUAGUGAACACCUGGGCAACAACCACCUCAAUGUGUUACAGGUCUGCUGUCAAUUACCUGCAGAGAAAAUUUAGUGCAUACGCUUUAUUUAAGAAACCGAUUUUUCUUUUGGCCUGCUAUAUAAUGUUCUUGUACUGUACGGUGAGAGCUGCUGGAAUAUUGUUCAACAUACUGGGUGUCACAUCAUACAGGAAAACUAUUUGUACUUUGAUUUUAUUGUCAGACUGAUUUUAAAACCAAAUUGUUAACACUGAGAAUGCCAUAAGGUAAAACCAGAGCACUGUGAAGCUGAUUUCUUUACUGUUUGUCAGCAAGGUGGACGUUGCUUUGAAAUUGCUCUUUUAGAAUUCCUUCACAUAAUUACUUGAUUUGGGAUUAGUAACUCUAGGAAUGGAUCUGUGUGUUGAGCCUAUUUCUGGAGGUACUAGUCCCAAGAUUUUAUCCAUAUAAGAUUUAUAAGGAGACUUGAUUUAGCAGAGUGUCUUGCUAUGUGCCCUGUGACACGUCUUCUACCUUCUCAAAAACACGUCAUCUUCUCUGAGAACCUAUUGAUUUCUAAUCCUUACGCCUCAAAUAAAAACAUCUCCAUACUUGAACAAAAACCCAAGGUAGAGACCAGUCUACCAACUUUCACUUUGUUUUUACCAUACCAUGGUCAAGUUGUUUCUGAAUGGUGUGUAUUUGUUUUUAAUGUUGCUUCACGUGUGCUUCAAGGUGACAAUUGGCCUUAAAGAAAAAAAGACUGUUUUAUAAGCAAACGAGAAGCUUUUCUUAAUACAGUUUAUAGUAAUGUUUCCAGGAUGAUAAAUAUCACUAUAGUUCUUAUUUUCAUCGAUGUUUAUAUGGCCUCUGAGAGGUUUAUCACAAUCAUUGUAUUAGGUUCUUCUUCUUGUCCAUCUUAGGCAACCUUAGUGGUAAUGACCAGCUGCACGCAAUCAAAACCUUUCCUGGAAAGAGCCACGUUAUUUCAGGAUCCUCUGCACCCACCUACAUAGGAUGCAUGCAUAGGGUUCAACACUUCUAAAAUGUUAUAGAAACCUUUUUUAAAGGUGAGAAAAGGAAUCCAGGAGACCUGAUGCUAUUCAGUAAGCAUGUCACCAGCCUUGCUGGAGUGUGGUCCAGUACUGGGUGCUCUUUCCUUGUCAUGCUGAGCUUUACACUCUCUCAGCCCACCAAGACACAAAGGUUACGGGAGAAACCCCUGCUUCACGAGGUAUGCUUGGGUGAGGUGCUGGGGACAACAUGUGCUCCACGACUAAGGUUUGCCAGGCCAGGAACAACUACCCACCUCCUUGGCAAGGCUCCUAAAAUCACCUGUUGAUACCCACAAGUGUGACUAGGAUCCAAUAGCCCAAAGUAGCCAAGUGAUUUUUUUUUUUCCUCUCCUGUACAUCCAGCUGUUGUUGAAUGUUUCUGUAAGAGUUCAUUCAGACUUGAGCUUUGCUCUUCCACAUCCUGCUAAGGGUCUCUCAUGAUUCUAAUGUAACCACAGAUUUUUAUAUUUUUUUUCCUGCUAUCAUGUAAUAAGGCCUGGUCUAGUACUUAGCUGCAGGCAGCUUGUUAAACAAAGGAGAU